AUGGGGAAAACACCAAUAAAAGAUCAAAGAGAUGGUAAAAAGGACAAAUCUGGAAAGCCAGCGUCACCACCAGGCACAGCCCCUCCUGCAACAACUAACGAUGCUUUCAACUGGGAAGAAUAUCUUAAAGAAACCUCAGCAACGCCGGCUCCAGCCACCUGUUUUCGUCAGGCCAGAGUCCCGCCGUCUAACGACUUCAAGGUGGGAAUGAAGCUGGAGGCUCACGACCCGCGGAACUCCACCUCGGUGUGCAUCGCCACGGUGAUGGGCCUGACCGGCGUCCGCCUGCGCCUCCGCCUGGACGGCAGCGACAACAGCAACGACUUCUGGCGACUGGUGGACUCCUCAGACAUCCAGCCCAUUGGCAGCUGCGAGAAGAACGGCGACAUGCUGCAGCCGCCGCUGGGCUUUCGCAUGAACGCCUCCUCUUGGCCGAUGUUUCUAUUGCGAACCUUGAAUGGAGCCGAGAUGGCGCCGGUAACGGCCUUCAAAAAGGAGCCUCUGAGGCCCCCCCAAAACACUUUCAAGCCCGGUAUGAAGCUGGAGGCCGUGGACAAGAAGAACCCCUACCUGAUCUGCCCUGCCACCAUCGGAGAGGUGAAGGGCGAUGAGGUGUUCAUCAUGUUUGACGGGUGGCGAGGCGCCUUCGAUUACUGGUGCAAGUUCGACUCCCGGGACAUCUUCCCCGUGGGCUGGUGCUCUCUCACCAAGCACAGUCUGCAGCCGCCGGGCAACAGUGUCACCCUCCCAAAGAACCUGCAGAUGCUCCCGUCCUCGCCCUCCAAGCCCAGCCGGCGCUCCAUGCCGUCCUCCUACCGGCUGCCCAGCCCGCUGCCCCCCCUGCCCGUCAGGAAGGGGGUCCGGGGCCGCCGGCCCAAGAGCGAGACCCUGGCCCUCCUCAAAGCGGUGGCCGAAGCGGCCGCCGCCCAGAACGGGGCGGUCCCGGACGAGGCGCAGCUGGUGCCCAGGGUCUACAAGAAGAGGGGGCCCAAGCCUGGGAGCAAGAGAAAAUCCCGAGGUCUUCAAAGCCCAACGCAGCUGCCCAGCAUCCAGGUUCCACAGGAGAGCCCCCCCAGCCACGGCUCGGUGGUUUCCACGGUGUGCGUGUAUGUGAACAAGCACGGGAACUGCGGCCCCCACCUGGACAGAAAGCAGAUGCAGCGGCUGCCAGACCACUUUGGCCCCGGGCCGGUCAACGGCGUGCUCCAGCAGGUGGUCCAGUCCUGCAUCGACUGCGCCUACCAGCCCAAGGUCCUGCUGGGCGCCCUGCACUCCGACUCGGGAGGGGGGGAGGUCGUCAGAGUGAGGACGGACGGCGGCGUGCGGGCCAUCCGGCUGCCGGCGGCCUCCAGCGCCUCCUUCGUGUUGCGCUUCCUGGAAUCCAUGUGCCGCCACCUCCAGUGUGACAACCUGUUCAGCAGCCAGCCGUUCAGCCACUACACGCCCUACGACCGGAACAAGUCCGUGAAAGAGGAGGCGCUGGACGGCCCCUCCCUGGCCCGGGGGAGCAAACGCAGCCUGUCCGGGGUCUCGCCGUCCUACGCAGCCCCCCUGUCGCCCAAACAUUUACGCGCCGAGGCCCACCCAUCAGAAGCAGAAACGAUGCCCCACGAAGAGAACGGCCACAUGAAAGAGCAGCGCUACAUGGACUCCGCCUCCAACUCCAUGACCCCGCGGCCGCAGGCGGCCAGGAGCUCCUCGGAGUACCACUCCCACUCCGGCAGCCUCUACCACCUGAGCAGCAGCAGCACGCAGAUGAGGCGCCACUCCUCCAGCCUGUCCGAGCUCGGCUCCUCGCAGCCCCUCAGACGAGUAGAAGCAGCCAGCUCCACCACAGGCCCCGACGCGCUGGGCUCUGACCGGGAGAGCCUGCAGCUGCCGGGGAAGAGCCCGGCCUCCUGGUCCAUCGAGGAGGUGAUGCAGUUCGUCAGGGACGCAGACCCCACCGCGCUAGCUCCUCACGCUGAGCUCUUCAGAAAACACGAGAUCGACGGUAAAGCUCUGAUGCUCCUGCGGAGCGACAUGAUCAUGAAGUACAUGGGUCUGAAGCUGGGCCCCGCCCUGAAGCUGUGCCAUCACAUAGAGCGCCUCAAACAGGGCAAGCUGUGACGGGACACAUGGCGGGGGGGGGCAGCCCCCACCACACCCAGAGCAGCA